GAUGUUACCGGAAGUAGAGGCGAAAGUCACCGCAGCAGCUUGUGUCCAGAAGACAGCUAACAGAUGGCAAAGAGCCUCGGUCACUUCUCCAGCCUGGUGUCGUUCACAAAGACCCAGCUGAGCCGUCAGUGUGCCCGGCUUUUCUUCAGGACCAGCGUGAGGCGGACCGUCAUGAGAGCGGUACCAUCAAUUCUUUCUCCUAAAGCUCGGGACUUCAGCCUGCCCAACCCCUCCUGGGGGGACGAGAUGAUGCGUCUGUACAACCACUACAACCAGCAGGGUGGGGUGGAUCCAGAGGGAGGAGGAGAGCAGGGGGGCCGCUGGACCAGACUGCCCAGCUACAACCGCUCUCUCAAGUAUGCAAUAGGUGGAGUUUAUCUCAGCAAGAUAAUCCAGUCUAAAGCUCGUCUUUUUACCAGAAACAUCCAACAGGCCGGAGCAGCGUUUGAGUACGUUGUGUUUUAUACCAACGACAAACAGAGGUGUGUGUGUGUCCUCCAAGCUGGACAUCUGCUGGAGGGGCCGCCAGGACAUGUCCAUGGGGGGGCGAUAGCCACCAUGAUUGAUACUGUAACAGGAAGUCAUGCCUCUCUGCUCUGUGCACCGGUCAUGACGGCCAACCUGAACGUGAACUACCGCAGCCCCAUCCCACUGGGCAGUACGGUUCUGAUUGAGUCCACACUGGGUGAGCAGGAAGGCAGGAAGAUGUUUGUUUCCUGUAAAAUAAGCAGCAGUGAUGGCUCUAAACUGCACACAGAGGCAACAGCCCUGUUCGUGUCGGUCGGCGUCAGCCAUCUUCUGCGAGGAUGACCUGAAGCCUGCACUGCCUCCUGCUGGUCAGAGCACAGAGGGUCCAGCUGCCGGUGCUGCUCGGUUUGGAUCAAACCUUUUCCAGGUCCUGUUAGAGGAACCUCACUAACAUCAACUUUAACCUCUUCUACUAACAUCUUACUUCGUUUCAAGUGAGUUUACUUGACUUUGAGCAUUCUGAACACAAAACAGAUCAAAACUUUAUUUAUUUGAACUUUGAGAGUGUUUAUGCUGCUUACGUUACACAGAACAGUUAGAUGUUGUGUCACCUGUGACGAUAAAGAACAGGUGAUAUUAAACAGGAAAUACAACAAAUCGUUGGUUUCACUUUGCAGUAAAGAUGUCUUUAUAAAAGAUUAAAUUUUGCUUUAAGGGGAGUCUCUUAAUGAGUUUAUAACACUUUGUGAGGCAUUAUUAAGCAUAUUUAUAAAACACUGAAACAGGCUCACAAUUUGACAAAUUCAGGUGUUGUAUUUUUAUUCAUUCAGAUAAACAUCAUUCUGACCAGCUGCUCAGCUUACAUUUUUAAAUAAAAUAUUAUUUUAUGUACAAAUGCUCAUAGUUAUUAUAUGCAGGCAACUUACUGAUAAAAGUUUAAUCAUAAAAAGUUGAUAAAUUGAAGAAUGCAGUUUAAUAGUGAGGCUGAGGAGUACAGAUAAAUGUUUUUAUCUAAUGCACUAUAGCUGCUUAUUAAAGGUUUAUAAAGUGUU